UGUAGACUGAGGGUGGCUGAGACGUGGGAACGGCUGGUGGCUGUACUUGCUGCAGACUAAGGUGUGUCUGAUAAAUCUUUUACUCAGGAUACUGCAAACAAUUGGUUCCAAAGUUCAAGGACACAAAUAUACAGGAGAGAAGAGCGGAGCGGGAAAACCAGAAGAAGACGAUUAAAAGAGAAGCGUCAAGGAAUAAACACAGACAAGACAAAAUAUGGCAGACAAGUCAAGUCCGAAAGGCAAUUCUGGUGACUUUGCUAAAAAAGUCCAAAGACAGCUGAGCAGAGGCAAAGAAAAGGUACUGCAAAGGCUGGGAAAGUCAGCAGAGACUAGAGAUGAUCAAUUUGAACAUUACCUCCAACUUUUUAAUGACCAGCAGACUGAUGGGACCCGAAUAUACAAGGACUUGAGGAACUACAUUAAUGCAGUUAGAGACAUGCGUGAAGCUUCGAGACGCCUUUCCCAGUCCCUGUUUGAUGUUUAUGAAUCUGACUGGGCUGGAGAGGAAGAUUUAGGAGCCAUUGUAGAGGGGGAGGACCUCCUGUGGAAUGACUACGAGGUGAAGCUAUUAGACCAGUCCAUACGCACCAUGGAGUCCUAUGUGGGCCAAUUCCCUGAUGUCAGGGACAAAAUUGCCAAGAGGGGAAGAAAGCUGGUUGACUACGACUCUUCCCUUCGCUACCUAGAGGCACUGCAGACUGCAAAGAAGAGGGAUGAUAUCAAGAUAAACAAAGCAAAAGAAGAGAUGAAUACUGCCAAAACUAUCUAUGAGGGGAUCAAUAAUGAGCUGAAAGAGGAGCUCCCUGUUCUCUUUGACAGUCGUAUUGGAUGCUAUGUAGCCGUCUUCUCGGCUAUGGCAAAUUUACGAGACAUCUUCUAUAGGGAAAUGAGUACGCUCAAUAAUGAUCUACAAAAUGUGAUAAAAGAGCUGCAGGCUCAGCAUCCAGACAAAGCAUUUGCUGUGAAGGAUCUGUUGCGGUAUGGCUCACUAAAGAGACGAAGUCUGAUCUCUCCGAAGGCUUGGAAAACCAGCUUUUCUGAGGUUCACAGGAGCUUCACUCCUAGAACAGGGCAGCGGUUUAGUUUCAGAUCCCCAGAAAAACCUCGCCACAGCACUCUGUCCAGAGAAGGCAGCGUGAUCAGAGGCUCUUUAGCUGAGUCCAGGGAACUGGAUACAGGGUCAUACCGCAGUGAGGUCCACAGCCCUUCUGCACAGGACGAUGCUGGAGAGGGUGCAUCAGGAAGUCAGCUGAAGUCGGGAGACAACAGCAAUCAAGCUGAAGAUGAAAAGGGCUUGAAAGAAGAAGAGUCCAAGCCUCCUGCAGAAUCUGAAAAUAAAGGAGAUGGUAAAAAAGAUCUACCAAGUGCAAGCAGCUCUGAACUAAAUAACUCCUGUGAAUCGGACAGCCUGGAGCUCCAGCUGUCUGCAGCAGACAAUGGCCCCCUGCACAUCGAAGAGGCGGACGACAGCCCAGUAACCCUUCACUCUCCAAAACUCAAUGGACUGGAGAAUGGUGACACUUCUGGCUUGAACUCAGAGGCAAAGGACCCGAGCACUCCCCACAAGGAUGUCCCUGCUGAGAAGGAGGUAUCCUCAAACUCAAAAAACACAGUGGUUUAAAGUUUUCAUAAUGAAACAAAAGGACAGAACAGCACAGACGAGACUGAAUUCAACAGCUGCAGGAGAAGGAGGGAAAAGUGAGACAGUCACAACUGACACAUCCACCUGUGGUGCCAUGGCUGAUGAACAGUUGCUGUUAGUUUUCUUAUUUAUCUUUUACUGAAAUCAACUUUGCAUACACUAUUUGGUGUCUUUGGGUAAAGCUUUAUUUUCAUAAACCCACCGGCUGCAUUAUAUUUUAGCAAAUACAUUUUAAAUUGAGGGAUUUAUACAUCAAAUGUUAGCAGAGAUAGAUGCUCUACAUAGGUUUACACUGUUGAAAACAUAGUGAUCACAGAAUGGUGACUGUACACAGACGCAAUAUGUUGCUGUGUCAAAAAGAACAGAAAGACACUCCACUCUGUUAUCACUGACCAGGAGAGGUUUUUCAUCUUUUUGAGUCUUUUAGUCUGUUUUAUUUCUUUUUAUUCAUUUUUGUUUAUCACAUAUAUUAUGUCUGCAAUGUGAGGACAAACUCUGUAAUUCUGAAAAAUAAACACAGCUCAGAUCAUGUUCAUAUAAAAGCUGAAUUUCUAGCUUCUUGAUUUUUUGGUUAUUUAAUGUAUAAAAAAUACAAUUAUUGUCACAAUUUUGUCUCUCUGCCAGUGGAGGUUUAAGAUGAUGGGAGGAAAUGGUGAGUGCUCACUUAGCCUGGAUUUCAGAGCUCAUCUGAUGUGGACAACAUCGCUUGCAUGAAUGCGUUGACUUUGUUAUGAGAAAUGAUCUGGGAAUAGCAUGAUUGAUUAGUCUGUACUGUAGACAUUUCAUUAUGUUUAAGUUUAUAUUUAUUUCUUUUAUCAAAAGAAAACAACAUGAAAUGAGAGCUUCCUGAAAUUUGUUGUGGUCAUCUGACCCCACUGUGUGUCUCACUUCUUGACUCACUUCUUUUAUUUUCAGUCAAAUCAGGACCCAGAAACAGCUUCUAACUUACUGACUGGAUUUCAUUAGUGACCAUUAUAUGUGCAAAAUGAGUGCUUACAUGUAAGAAUGCUUAUCAAGUGCAACCACAUCUACAGAGGAUUUUAAUCUGGCUACUUCAGCUUAAGACCGUGUAGCCAAUGAAAUGUGUGAGCCAACUCCCUCAUGGGAACUGUGUAAUAAUCUGUCACUACUCAGUCCCCUGUAUUUAUGCAUGUGUAUAAUUAAUUUGUUUUUAGGCGAGACACCUAUACUUAUGUAAGACAGAAUCCCAGAUACACCAGCACCUUCUUUGUUACAGGUGAAAUUAUGUCCAGGAUUAGAAACACAAUCAUUUUUAGAAUACAUGCUCUGAUAAAAAUAUUUUCUUUACACCACUUAAUCCAGUGCACCCAAAAUCUGAAACACUACCCCUCCAAAAACCAAACCAAACCAAACCAAACCAAACCAAACCAUGUGAGUAUUUACUGGGUUUCAUAUUCUUGAUAUUAAAGUGUCUUUAAGGUGUCAGACUAUUGCAUAUACUGUACUAUACAAAGACCAUACACUGUCUAUGGUCUAUGUUCUAAC